UCUUUCUUUUCCGCACAAAGAAAAAAAAAAAAAAGUUGUCUUGAGAAUUCCGAUGGCGAAGAAGGUUCUCAACCCUUUGGAAGAUCCACCAACAGCUUCUUCUUCAAGCGAUGAAGAAGAGGUUGAGAGCUCAUCAUCUGGGGAAGAGGGAGAAGAACAACAACAACAACAGCUCUCCAUUUCCGACGAACCCAAAAAUCCCUCCCCUAAACCCCUAAAAACUCCUUCCACCGCCGCCGCUGCUGCUCCAAGUUCCGGAUCUGAGAAGAAGCGAGCGAGUGAAGAAGCGAACGAGGAACAUGCAAAACGAGCCAAGACGCUUUCUCAGAAGUCUCCUUUUGCGAGAAUAUGGAGUGAAGAUGAUGAGAUCUCUCUCUUACAAGGGAUGAUUCGUUUCAAAGCUGAGAAAGGUACAAGUCCUUAUGAUGAUAUGAAUGGGUUUUUCCUCGUAACCAAGGAUUCUAUAAGCUUUGAUGCUACUAAAACCCAAUUUGUUGAGAAGAUUAGGUCUUUGAAGAACAAGUACUAUAAUAAGGGUAAAGACUCGAGGUCUUUUUUGAAACCCCACGAUGUGAAAUGUUUCAAAUUGGCUAGUUGUAUUUGGGGAUCUGAUGAUGCUGUGGCUCUUCUUGAUUCUGCUCCUCCUGUUAUUGUCAAGUCUCCUCCUGUCGCUGUUAAGUCUCCUCCUGUGGAUGUGAUAUCAAACAAGGUUGAUAAGAAGAAGAAGAAGAAGCUGGAGUUUGGAGAUGAAGAGAUGCAAGUGUUGGGAUCUGAUGAUGGGAUGGCUCUUCUUGAUUCUGCUCCUCCUGUGGCUGUGACUCUUGCUGUUAAGCCUCCCCCUGUGGCUGUGAUAUCAAAUAAGGUGGUUGAUAAGAAGAAGAAGAAGAAACUGGAGGUUGAAGAUAAGGAGAAGAAAGUGUUGGGAUCUGAUGAUGGGAUGGCUCUUCUUGAUUCUGCUCCUGCUGUUAAGUCGCCUCCUGUGGCUGUGAUAUCAAACCAGGUUGAUAAGAAGAAUAAGAAUAAGAAGAAGAAGAAGCUGGAGGUUGAAGAUGAAAAGGUGCAAGUGUUGGGAUCUGAUGGGAUGGUUCUUGAAUCUGCUGCGGUUGUUAAGGCUAAUGGGUCUUUAAAACCUGAGGGUGAUACGGUUGAAAAAGAUAAGGAAGUGGUGAUUCUUCUUGGUGGAGUUUCUGAGUCAUCAGAUUUGUUUGACAAGUCUUUUCUUGUUCCCUUAAUUGUGAGUCUAGGUGGUGUGGAUGAGUGUUCUGUGAAGCACAAAUGGAGCAAGGUGCCAAUGGAGACUAAGAAGAGAAUUGAAGACAAGUUGAAGUUGGUGGAGGCCAAGGAGUUUGAACUGCUCUUGCAGAAGUCUGACAUUGUGAAGGAAGUGGCCUCUGUAAUUACCCAAGCCAUCUAAGAAGACAUGCAAUUAGACGGAUGUAUAUGUUCUAACCGUGGAUUUAAGUGGGGGAGAAUGGAGAUGAAAUGCCUCUUUUGUUAACGGUGGAUUUAGGAUUUAUCUUUUCUUAUCUACGUUUUCUGGUUUUUUAACGGUGGGGAUAUCGAAAUGGACAUGCAAUGCCUCCUCUUUUGUUAUCUAUCUUAGGAUUUAUCUACGUUUCUGGUUUUUUCUUUUUGUCUUCUGGAUUCUGAAUUAAGAAGAAGAAAAGUUAGUUAUUUUAUAAUA